CCGAGGCUACAGCGGAUCUACCAAGGAUAUCAUCUUGUUUAUAAAAGUCAGAACAAUGCCAAAAUCUAUCUUGAUCGACUGUGAUGCAGGGAUUGAUGAUGCCCAAGCUCUGUUUUUGGCUCUCAGUUCACCAGAAGUAAAUGUCGUUGCUAUUACCAUUGUCCAAGGGAACGUACUUCCAAAGCAAGUGGCUGUCAACGUACUGCGCAUACUCCGAGUUGCAGAAAGAUUAGACAUACCAGUCUAUGUUGGAAGCGAGAAAAGUAUUUUGGGUAAUGAGAGACCCCAUGAUGACGAACCAUACCAUGGCUGGGAUGGGCUGGGUGAUUCGCCAGAUCCCGAACCAGUAGACGAAUCUUUGAUCAAUCCGGAAUCUGCCUCAGCCGCCAUCGUGCGAAUCUGCCGCGAGUACAGAGGCAGUUUGACACUAGUGUGUUUGGGACCCCUUACAAAUGUAGCCACUGCUAUAAGACUGGAUCCCUCCCUGGGCCAGACAAUACAACAAUGUGUAAUAAUGGGCGGUAAUUAUUAUGGCAGAGGGAAUUCAACAGUUUGUAGUGAGUUUAAUUUCUCUUGUGAUCCCGAGGCUGCUAGAAUUGUCUUAACACAACUAGGGGGUCCUAUCACUGUGGUCGGCAUGGAAGUCUGCUAUGACAACGCUGUCGCCUGGGGGGAUUAUGAUUCAUUACGGAAGACGCCCUCAAAAAUUAACGAUUUCCUGAAACGUAUAGAAAAGAAACCUUUUGAAAAAAUAAGAACUAAUCAAAUAGAAUGGCCUCGAUACAUACCAUGUGACGAAUUCGCAAUGGCAGUGGUAGUUGACGAAUCGGCAAUCGUAAAAGAAUCUAAAGAGGUGUUUGCAACAGUAGAGGUCAAAGGUGAAUACACGUAUGGAAUGAUGGUGGUCGACUGGUCAAAGAUUUUAAAGAGGUCAAAUAAUGUGAAAAUAAUAACUAAAGUUGACAACAAAGAAUUCCUGAAAAUGUUAUACCGACCUGUAAAUUGGAAGUAAUACCUGGUAGUUGAGAAUGUUGUAAUAAUUCAUAAGAAUUGUCAAAAUCGCAUCUUAAUUCUAAGAGUGAACAAAUCCCCUUUUCACCAAGAUUUGAAAAUACAGAAAAAUCAGAGGAAAUAGUUGAUCAUUAAAAGUCUAUAAUAUCUUAAA